GGCGAUGUCAAUGGAACAUAUUAUGAAGUAGAUAAAAAUACUGAAGGAGAUAGGUGCACAGAGAUACCUGAUACAUUUUCAGAUGAUGAUGGGAUCGCAUUUGAUGUGGAAGACGCAUCAUAUGCAUUUAAUUCGUAUGAAGAUUAUUUAGAUCUGGGUGACAGUACUUACACAUGUGAGUAUUGUGGAUCUCUAUUUUGGCAUGCUGAAAGAGUUAAAAGACAUGGAAAGCAAAAACCAAAGUUCUCAAUGUGUUGCAAUCAAGGAGAUGUUGUACUCCCCAAGAUGCAAACACCCCCACAGUUGUUAGGGGCUUUGAUAUUUGGCACAGAUGAGCGUAGUGGAC